GCGCGCAUGCGCGUUUGUGGUUUUGCCACGUACAGGUCGCUGUGAGGCGUUUCCGAUCAUCAGUCAGUCAGACGUCGUUCAGCUGAAGUCCAGGACACACAGGCUGCUGCUGGGAUUGACACGUCCAAACCACCAGCAGUAUGAAUGGCCAGCUGGACCUGAGUGGAAAGCUGAUCAUUAAAGCUCAGCUGGGGGAUGAUAUUCGUCGUAUCCCCAUCCACAAUGAAGACAUCACCUACGAUGAGCUCCUGCUGAUGAUGCAGCGAGUCUUUCGUGGGCAGCUACAGAGCAGCGAUGAAGUCGCCAUCAAAUAUAAGGAUGAAGAUGAUGACCUUAUCACCAUCUUUGACAGUUCUGAUUUGUCCUUUGCGAUCCAGUGCAGUAGAAUAUUGAAGCUCACUCUUUUUGUGAAUGGGCAGCCUCGGCCACUGGAGUCAUCUCAGGUGAAGCACCUGCGUAGAGAACUGAUCCAUUUGAGGAAUAAAGUCAACAGCUUGCUGGACAGCCUGGAGCCCCCCUCAGAGUCUGUCCCAGAGAGCACCAACCCAGAAACCGAAUGUGUGAAUGAUGCAGUAGAUUCAACAAUGAAGUAUGCCCCGCCGGUUAGUGCUGCUAGCAUGUCUGCGUUUGACCCCCUGAAGAACCAGGAAGAGGUUAACAAGAAUGUCAUUUCUGCAUUUGGCCUGUCUGAGGAACCUGCCCAAGUUCCAGCUGUAGCCGCCACCGCUGCUGCAGAGGAGCGCUCUGCUACUCCAGACAGUAUUGCCUCUUCAUCCUCUGCAGCGCCCCCUUCUGCUUUGGCUUCCCAGGCUCCCCCACCUUACUCAGGGGUCCAACAACCUCCCUCUAGUACUAUGGAUGGUCAGAUGUAUCAGCAGUAUCAGGCUCCAGGUGGAUAUCCUCCGCCAGCGGGACCCCAGCAACAGUACGGGAUGCAGUACCCUGCUGGUUAUACUCCUCAGUCUGGUGUUCCUCAGGCUCCACCUGCUCAACAGCAGUUUCAGAAUUACCCCACCACUACCUCUCAGGCAGCUGGUGCCCCUGGCUCAGCUCCUGGGUUUUCCAACCAAUCACAGGCUCCUGCUCCCCAAGGACCCACCCAGUACCCACCUGGAGCAUUUCCUGCUCAAAAUUACACAUCCCAGGCCUCUCAGCAGCCAGCUAACUACAGCCUGCCGCCAACCUCUCAGGCCACAGGGGGGUAUCAGCCCCGUCCUGGAUACACCCCGCCACCUGGCACCACCCCUCCCCCAGGGGGUGCCAACCCCUAUGCCCGAAACCGCCCCCCUUAUGGCCAGGGCUACACCCAGCCGGGCCCUGGGUAUCGGUAAAAGCCCUUUAAUGUCCCCAUAGCACCUCGCUACAAGUUUUCUCUGUCUCCAACACAUCAGCCCCGAAAUCUAUGUUUGACAUCCUAAUAUUGUGUUUGUGUUUGUUUGUGCUUUGGGUGCAUGUAUGAAUGCAUGUGACAAUGAGCUAGUGAAGGUUGUAUGUGUGUGUUUGCACACAUGGGAGACCAAACGGUGUGGGAGUGGACAGCUGUGUGUGUGUGUGUGUGUGUGUGUGUGCAGUUUAUUUUAUCACCGGUCUCCUCAUUGGUGUUAUUUUGUCAUAAACAAUGAGUCUGUUUAAACACUAGAAAAUGAUCAUAAUCAAAGUAAGUGAUAUUUGUUUAGUUUUCUUUACUCAUUUUCUUUACUUUUUCAAAUGUCCUGGUUUUUACUAACCCCUGACUGGCCCUCUGCAGUGAAGCCUGUCAUUUCUGUAUAAACUGUAACUGUUUUCAGGAGGUGAAUAAAGACUUUGAGACUGAA